GUAGCAAUGGCGGACAGCGAUGAUGAGUACGACCGGCGCAGGCGGGACAAGUUCCGCCGGGAGCGAAGCGACUACGACCGCUCCCGGGAGCGGGAGGAGCGGCGCCGAGAGGACUGGAGCGACCGGGAUUGGGACCGGGGCCGGGAGCGCCGGAGCCGUGGCGAGUACCGGGAUUACGACCGGCCACGGCGGGAACGCUUCUCCCCCCCCCGCCAUGAGCUCAGCCCCCCCCAGAAGCGCCUGCGACGCGAUUGGGAUGAGCACAGCACCGAUCCCUACCACAGCGGCUACGAGGGGCCCUACAGCGGGGGGGGCGCCGGCCCCACCUACGGCCCCCCCCAGCCCUGGGGGCACCCAGAGAUGCACGUGAUGCAGCACCACAUCCUGCCCAUCCAGGCCAGCAGACUGGGGAGCAUCGCGGAGGUGGAGCUGGGCCUGGCCCCCCCCGUGCUCAAGAGCUUCAAGGAGUUCCUGCUCUCGCUGGACGACGCCGUGGACGAGACGGAGGCCGUGAAGCGCUACAACGAGUACAAGGUGGACUUCCGGCGCCAGCAGCUGCAGGACUUCUUCCUGGCCCACAAGGACGAGGAGUGGUUCCGCUCCAAGUACCACCCGGACGAGGUUGGCCGGCGGCGCCAGGAGGUCCAGGCCGCGCUGCGGAACCGCCUCAACGUCUUCCUCUACCUGGCGGACAACGGCUGGUUCGAGAACCUGCUGCUGGACAUCGACCGGGCUCCUGCCAUCAUCAAGAUGCUGGAUGCAGCCGUGAUCAAGAUGGAGGGGGGCACGGAGCACGACCUCCGCAUCCUGGAGCAGGAGGAGGAGGAGGAGCGCGGGGACAAGGCCGAAGGCGCCCGCAAGGAGGAGCCCCGGGCCCCGGAGCCCGAGCGCAAGGGGGGCCCCGAGGACAAGGACGAGAAGAAGGGUGAUGGUGAAGCCGGGGGGCAGGAGCCCGGUGCUGUGGGGCCGGAGCAGCAGCAGCAGCCCCAGGAGCAGGACAAGAGCCAGGAUGAGGAGGGGGGAACCGAGGGCAAGAAG